UGCAAGCCGCAGGAUUGUUAUAACUGCCUGGUGUUUUGCAACUGCUCUUGAUUGCGCCUUAGGAAACGAAAAGCAAAAGUGUAAGGAUUUCGCAAAAUCCAUUUUCUAGGAUACGAGGGCGGUCUUAAGAUGGAAGAGGAGCCUUUAGGAGGGACGGAGGAAAGGGAGGAAUCCAGAGACAAAGGUGUUGGGGUUGGAAGUCUUCUUGAGAUGGAAGAUCCCAAGAAGGAAGCACCAGAAGGAAGGCUAGAGAAGCAGGACCUAGAAGCCACUCUGAGCCUGGAGCAGAGAGCAUUAAUGCUGGAGAGCCUAGAGAGAGAAGGGAGACCAAGAGGUGUUCUUAAUGCAGGUGAGAAAGAGCAGGCAGAGCUUGAUGUCCCCAAUAGCUAUUCAAGAGCUGAGGAUUGCCAAAACCAAGCCAAGGUGGAAGACCAGAGGUGGAGAAGCCAGGUGAGAAGACGCCGGACAAAAGAGGUUUCCCAGGAUCCGCCAGGUUUCAUCAACCUCCUGGGAAUUCUGGAACCGCCACCUCCUCUUCUGCCCUCCCCACCCCAGAAGGUGGUGAACAAGCCCUUCCACUGCACGGAGUGUGGAAAGUGUUUCUCGCAGAGCUCCGUGCUCAUUGAGCACCAGAGAAUUCACACAGGCGAGAGGCCCUUUGUGUGCAAUGUGUGCGGAAAACGAUUCUCCCAGAGCUCCACCCUGAUGGGCCAUCAGAGGAUCCACACGGGUGAGAAGCCCUUCGCCUGUCCCGAAUGCGGACGGGGCUUCAGCCGCAGCUCUGCCCUGACCGAGCACCAACGCACCCACACAGGAGAGACCCCCUUCCCCUGCCGGGAGUGCGGGAAGGCCUUCAGCCGCACCUCCAACCUGGUGAAGCACUUGCGCACCCACUCCGGCGAGAAACCGUACAGCUGCACCCUCUGCGGGAAGCGCUUCUCGCUCAGCUCCAACCUGCUGAAGCAUGAGCGCACACACUCGGGGGAAAAGCCCUUCCCCUGCCCACUCUGCGGGAAGCGCUUCAAGAAGAAGACCCACCUUGUCUCACACAACCGCGUCCACACUGGAGAACGUCCCUACCGGUGUGAGGAGUGCGGGAAGUGCUUCUCCCAAAGCUCGUCUCUGAUCGAGCACCAGAGGAUCCACACUGGGGAAAAACCCUACAAGUGUCCCCAGUGUGGCCGAGGCUUCUAUGUCAACUCCAAACUGGUCAAACACCAGAGGAUCCAUACAGGGGAGAAGCCUUACGCCUGCUCGGCCUGUGGGAAAACUUUCCGAUACAAGCAGCAGUUUCCCCGUCACCUGGCCCACGUCCACCCAGGGGAAGAGCAGCUCAUGACGUGGAGUUUCAGUUUCCCAUCUGCUCUGAGGAAAAGCAAAAGGAUUUUCUAAGGAUCUUGGGUUUUUUUGUUUAUACUCUAUAGCCAAGGAAAUCAUAGUAGAAUUUAUUUUCUGGAUUAUUUUCCUUGGGUUUUUUGUGUUUUUUUAAUCCGAAGUAAAGGUAAAAUUGUACUUUGAUGUUUUUUCAUUGAGCUAACCACAGUAUUAUCUAGAAAACAUCUAUUAACCCUUUAAAGAAGUUUAAUGUUGACAUUAUUCAGAUGAUAUGUUUAUGAUAACUACAAGAAAACUACAAAAUGAUUUAAAACUCCAUACUGAUGCGUCUACCAGUUCUUAUUCAAAGGAAUUCCUUUCACUGUCAAGACUGUAAAAUUCUAUCUGAGAACUGAGACAUUUUGACUAUUGACUGGAUUUUAGAAUAAUUGUAAAAACUUCUAAAUGCCCUUUUAUCAUUAUGGAACAGACCUAUCUUUUUAGAGGUGUAACUGCUCAGAAUUCUAGGAUUGCUCACUUUUUCUGUUGAUGACUUGUACCGGAUUCAUUUCAAGCUCUGUGUACCCUCUACUACAAAAACCAUGGACAGGAGGAACCAUUGUUAGUGGUGACCUAUGACAUCUUAUGAACUCAUCUCAAGAAGUGAACAGUCGAUGAAGUACUGAACUCCAAAAGUCACAUAUGAGUGUCUCAUUAAUUAAGUCAUCAGAUCAUUGACAAAUUUGGGUGGUAUUUUUUUAGUCAAUAUUCCUGAAUUAGCUUCAGAACUCCAUUUGUAAGAGCCAGGAUGAAAACAAAAUGAAUCUGAAUGCUAUUCUACAGUUAAAUAACCCAGAAGCCUAUCUGAUACACAUACCUGUAAUUUAGUCGUUUCCACAGAAACUAGUGUUUCAAUCACUGAGACUGAAUUUCCCCUAUCAGAUAACAUGUUUGAAAAUAGGGUGUGAUCUGGUCCUAGUACUAUGUGACAAUGUUGGAAUAGCCCAGUUUUCAGCUUGAUUGCUUCAUUGUGACAGUUGCAUGUUAGGGCAGGAGAAUCAUACCAGUGGUGAAGUCACACUCUUUUUCGAAACAAAAUCGACGGGAGGGAUAUUUGCAAGGUAGUGUGAAUUGUGAGUUUCAUGGAUUCGGGCAGAAAGAAGGCAGGUAGUCCUCAAUUUAUGACUGCUUAAUGGGCAGGCCCCAGGGGUGCUUAUAACCCAGAUCUGAAGUUCUGAUAGCCAGGCCCUUCAUUGCGGU